GGUGAUUCGCCGCCCUCUGCCUGCCACCUCAGUGCACUCGAUUGUGUACGCACCCAUCAUGCAUGUCGUGGCUAUGCUGUCUUGUCCAAGACUUGUGGUGUGCUGUCUUGUCUUUGGCCUAGUCCUCCUCCUCCUCCGUCCAACACGUGCACCCCUUGGAUCCCGUCCACGCACACUCGCCGCUGAAGCCGUCCUUAGUCUUGCAGUCCUGAAAUUCGCACUCAGCCCUUGAGAGUCCCUCACAGGCGACACACGUCGUCAUGCGGCCUACAUGGACACAUAUACACACAUACAAGAUGCAUGUAUUCGGGUGGGCAGUGAACAGGCAUACCGGUGUCUCCCAGGUGGGCAGGGGGCUGGGCCGGGGUGUGUGAGACCAUCGCCUUCGGGGCUGGAUUUGACAAAGGGACGGAGGAAGGGGGAGGGGACAAUGUGUGCAGCUGGAUGGGGGAACUGUAUGUAUGUGCGAGGCUCCCUUCUGGACUCCAGUCACCUACCGGCGUGUCGCUUCAGAAGUGCCGACAGCCGAGCAGAGGGAACUGCACAGUCCAGUCACCUACCGGCGUGUCGCUUCAGAAGUGCCGAUAGCUGCGAUUGAUUUCUCACCGUGCUGGUGCAAAGCUGUGUCGAUGUGCUGGCGACGCGUACUGGUGGCCGUCACGCACAGGGCGAUGGCACCGACGGCCACACACAGGGCGAGACAGGCAGAACGGCCCCUCAUCU